AUGCCAUUUAUUAAACGAGACAAGUUCAAUAAUAUCAAGGACACCAUUAUCCCAGAUCUGCUUUCUUUGAAAAGGCCUUGUGUGUUCUUCAACCUAUUGCAUGAGCCAGGGUGUGGGGGAACCACAUUAGCCAAGCAUAUCCUGUGGGAACUGAGAGACAAAUUCCGUUGUGCUGUUCUGAAAGACACAACUGCAGUCCCCACUGAAGUUGCCCAACAGGUAGUCGAGCUGUUGACUUUUGAAACAACGGAACAAUCUACUCGUAUACCUGUGUUACUUAUGAUUGAUGACUUUCAGGAGAUCUAUGUUAUUUAUCAUCUGCAACAACUCAUUGAGAAUGAAUGUUUUAACAAAAACAUCAAGCAGUCAAAGGUAAUUCUUCUCAAUUGCACGAGUAAUGAAUCUCAAAUGCAGACCAAGGCAAAAGAUCCUAUAGAAACGGUAAAAACUGUUUUCAUUCCUAGUAACCUUUCAGAAAACUAGAGAAAAUCAAGACCAUCAACAAGAAUGCAUGGAAGAGAUUCUAUGGUUUCAGGAUUCUAAUGGAGAAGAAGAAGUUCAGAUGUUCAGAAGAAUAUGUUAAGGCUAUUGUCAGCAAACCCUAAAGACGUUAAACAUAGAGGAGAAAAGUGCUCACAUUUUUGCUGUUUUGGUCCUCUUAAAUGUGAACUCGAAGAGCGUAACACUUUCAGUCUCUCAUUGUGAAAAGUUUCUUGACCUUCAACGCAAGCCAGUGUUCUGUUCCUGCAAAGUUGAGAAUACAUUUGGAGCAGCUUUCCAGACUGUUGAUCCGUUGUGCUGAUAAUGGUUCUAGAAACUUUGAAGCUUUGAGACUUAUCCACCCAAGCAUAGCUGUGCAUUGCUUGAAUGUACUUAAGAUCAAACACAAAGUGUCAAAAGCUGACAUAAUCAAUCUAACUCUGACUACGAACAUGCUGAUUGGGGCCUGCAUAAAGGGGAGAGAAAAACUCAGGCAUGAUAUUUGCAACUUAUUGUUGAGAAGGCAGAUGUCAGCCAAAGGAAAGGAGUCCCAGUUCUCGCAACUCAUCAAUCACAUUGCAAAGGAGACGCCAAAAGAUAUGGAAACU